AUGCAAUCAAGCCAGAGAAAACGGGUGGUUUCAUCAUGUAUCCCUUGUUACACCAGGAAACAGAAGUGCAACCGGCAGUAUCCAUGUAACCAUUGCAGCCGCCGUCGACGCCCCGAACAAUGCGCCUACAACCCUUCUCAAGCUACAUUACCACCCAGUCCACCCCAAACCCAGAAGGACCACCUUCAUGAUGACGAAAUUCAAACAGAUGAUAGCCAACAGGAGGCUCAGGCUGAAAGGAGGCCCUCUGCUUCAUCUUCAGUCCAGGACACGAUCAACUGGGGGGGUCUCAAAGAGGGGAGAGAACCGACAUCCCUUGCGGAGGUUUUCGGGUAUUUUGAGAAUAGCAAAUCCAACACGAUUGCUUUGGUGAGAAAGCUAGGGGCAGAUGACGAUGCAACGGGGCACAGCAGCGAGCCCGCGCCAGUGCCAGAAGAAACGGCGAUCAUAGCCCAAAGGCUGUUCGCUUCAAUGCCUAAUCGGUCCAUCCUCGACUUUCUGGUACGGUAUUUCAUCGCGGAGGUUAGCUGGAUGGAUCAGCUCAUAUAUCCGCCUUGGUUUCUUUCACAUUAUCAGAAAUGGUGGGAAAUGGAGCGGACAUCGACUGCCUACGGUAUCGAGUUUGCAGUGCUGGUUCUCAGGAUAUGUUCCUAUGCCUCUCAGUUCCUCCCUUCGCCGACCUGUACUAUCGACAGCAUCAGGGGAGUGCCGCUGGCUGACAUCCGUAAGUCCUGUGAUAGAGUGGCCGAUGCACUCACACCAAUCUGCUCACGCCUCGACGCACGCGGGUCUCUUAUACGGGUUCAGCACGUCGCUUUUGCUGGGCUGAGGUCCCUGUGCCAGGGCCGAACAAAUGCGCACUGGGAAGCGCUAAGUUGCGCUGUUCGAGUAGCACAGAGGAUUGGGCUGCAUGUUGAUGCCACAUCAGGUUUUUACAGCCCCAACAUGGACGAGCUCGAAAAGGAAAUGAGACGGAGGACAUUUUGCAAUCUUUAUGUCUGGGACAGUGUGCUAUCUAAACGUCUGGAUCAAAUCCCUUUCUUACCAGACGCACUGAACCCUGACACCAUGCCUCGAAUGCACCUUGUGCUUGGCCUCGACGACGUCCCUCAAGCUGAUGCUCCUGACCUGUUCACCGAGCGCGUGCUCGAGGCACAGCUAGCCAACUUCUGGCGGACUCAUGGUUCCGGGAACGCGACUGAAUACGACCCCAUUGCUGCAGAGGAACGAUACGAGAAGUUCUGCAGCGAGUUUCUUCCCGAAAUACCACCUGUCUUUGCUCUCUACCCUGACACAUGCGACAAGUGGGAUGCCCGUCUUCCAACCUUACCGUUACAGCGUCAGAUGUUUCAUAUGGCCAUCUUGGAGUCGCUUUGCCACAACUUCCGCCCUGCGCUAUUUCAGGAGCCCAACUCGAUUCAGCAACUCCCAGCCUACAAGCAGAUAUUGCUCUCAUCCCACAAGCGAGCGCUGGCCGUCAUAGCACUAAACUUACUUGAAGGUGUCUCUGCCCUCCAUCUGAUGAUGGGUGGCUCACACACACGCCAUGCGAGUCUCAUCAUCCCAACCUUUGAGGCUGCAGUGGUCCUUUUGUGUCUCUGCUCCGACGGAAACUUCCCACCAAAAGCAGAGACCACACUCCGAAGGGGGUCCACUACCAGCAUGACUAAGUCCUCAGAUCCCUUCGGAGUAGGCGUCACUGACGUUGCUAAGGACGAGUGCAUCCAGGCUGUAAGGAGUGCGCUGGGCCGACUACAAACUCUUGCCGAUAUGAACCACAUGGCUGAGGUGGGCGCAAGAACGCUCACACGCCUUCUUGGAAAGUUAGAGAAGAUCAGUGAUACCACGGUUAGCGAGGCCAACACACUAAUGAGACUGGAUACCGACCCAAUCGUCGUCACUGAUCCCGCACUUCAGCUGUCGGAGGCGUGGAAUUGCCUACAGACGCCAGACUAUGCCGAAGUAGAGUUCUUGGCUGAGAAUACACCGACAACUGAUAUGAGUGUAUUUAGUUGGUUUUGA